AUGCGGUGGGGACUGCUUUUGCUGCUGGCGGUGACUGUCGCCGGCAAGGGGAAGAAGCAUCGGCAUAACAAACCUGGUCGAGCACUCCUAGACCGCUUAUCGAGCACGACAGUGGGAGAAAUCACAGUGGCGAACGGAGCGGGUGGCGAUUUGCUACCCGCCCCGCUCGACGCUGCGCCUUACUCCAUGGUGGAAGCCAACGCCACCUGUGGACAAGACGGCGCUGAGGAGUUCUGUCGAGACACACCUGGAAAACGAGUGGUUGUAUGCGACGUGUGCGAAGGCACCGAGGGGUCGUCGUCGCGACGGCACCCUGCCUCGCACGCUGUUGACGGAGACCCCUCUACAUGGUGGCAAAGCCCCACCAUGGCCGUUGGGGAUCAUCAACAUGUGGAGUUUGUUGCUACAUUACCUGAUAAAAUGGACCUCCUACACGUCAUAAUAAAAUCAGGACCUUCUCCGCGCCCACUCGCUUGGUCGCUAGAGGUGUCACCGACAGAGUCCGGCGAAGACUGGCGGUUGAUACGAGCCUAUGGGGAUAGAGAGCACUGCAAGCGGCUUUGGGACUUACGGCCAGAGAGACGACGACGGAAAGCUAGAGCGGUGAAGAGGAGAGGGGUGGAAAAAGCCACGUGCUCUACACAGUUUGUUUCUCCACGACCUUUGGAGAACGGUGAGAUGCACGUCGGCAUGGGUGAGGGUGUACCGGCGCGUCGUGUUCGCGUGUCUUUCCGAGCUGCGCAUGCGGCGCUUCCCGCGCAGCAGUACUAUACAAUGCGCGAGCUGACAUUGGCUACCAGAUGCAUAUGUCACGGUCACGCAAGACAUUGCGAAGUUACUUCUGAGGCAGCAAGAUGCGAAUGCUUACACGGCACUUGUGGUUCACACUGCCAGCGCUGCUGCAACGGCUCCCCGUGGUCGGCGCAGCGCGGCUGCGACCAGCUUCCUGAUGAUGGGGAUAACUGCGCGUGCGCCGAACGAGGCGCCUGCGCUUACGAUGACACAGGCGCUAUACUAUGCGUCAAUUGCACUGAGAAUCGCGCAGGGCCAUUGUGCGACAAAUGUUUGAUUGGAUAUUACAGCCCUACACCAGACGGUCCUUGCCAGCCCUGCAACUGCGACCACGAGGGUUCCAACGGCUCCUGCACAUGGGACAAAAAGCACCGUCACGUCUCCUGCACAUGUCGUCCUGGGUACACUGGCCCGUUAUGCGACAUGUGCGAAAACCCGUUUGGUAUCUUCCCUGGUUGCGAAGUGGUCACCACGCCGGUGUGCAAGUGUGAUCCGAGGGGGAUUACGGACCCGGAGAGAAUAUGUGAUGACGAUUGUGAAUGUAAGGCGAAUGUGGUGGGCGAGCGGUGCGACGCGUGCGCCGCCGGCCACUUCGGGCUGAGCGCGACGCUGCGGGAGGGCUGUCGAAGGUGCUAUUGCUCGUAUAUCACCGACUCCUGUGCCGCGAUCGCCGACGAUGACGACAUGGCCGCUGCUAUGGUACUACCGCUGAACGAGGGCUGGCUGGUGACGGACGUUGAUGGCAGGGAGACACUCGAGCCGUCCACUGAUGACCAGGGUAACCUCUAUCUUGUUAGUUACGAGGUAGAAGGCUGGAAGUCGUUCUAUUGGCUGACGAAAACGCUGAACGGUGAACACCUCUCGCUAUACGGUAACGAGAUUGUCGUGAAGACAUUCUGGAGCAUCGUGCGCGGAGAUACAGGGGGCAACCCUACUACUGCGCCUGAUGUAGUGCUAACUGCAGCCGACGGCACAAAUAUAGUCUACAGCAACAAGAGCUACGAAACUCCAGGAGAAACAGAAGUGAUAGUCCCGUUGGUCGAAGGCGAUUGGUGGAAAGUUGGGGAUGAGCUGACACUCGCUUCUCGCGCGCAACUAAUGGAUGUGUUGAGAGAUCUGCAGGCGGUAUUGAUAAGAGCGCAUUUCCACGGGGAUCAGGAUGAGGUGCGCCUCGAACGCAUCGAGCUGCGUCCGGCUGCGGACGGGGCGCGCGAGCAGUGCGCGUGUCCGCCGGGCUACAGCGGCGCGCACUGCCAGGCGUGCGCGCGCAGCCACGCGCGGGUGUCGCACGCCAGCGGCGCCUUGCCCGCCUUCGAGUGCGUGCCGUGUGCGUGCAACGGACACGCCGAAUGUGACACUGUGGACGGGCCGUGCGGGCUGUGUCGGGACAACACCACAGGUCCACAUUGCGAGCGAUGCCUGCCAGGGCACUACGGCAAUCCCGUGACGGGCGCGUGUAAGCCCUGCGCUUGCCCUCUGUUCCUGGCGUCAAACAACUUCAGCCCGAACUGCGCGUUGGCCGACGCGCAGGGCGACGACUACGUCUGUACUCAAUGCCCAGACGGGUACACCGGGGACCAUUGCGAACACUGCGACUUCGGCUACUGGGGCUCGCCCACGACGCCGGGCAGCCAGUGCACCGCCUGCGCCUGCGCCGGCGCGCCGUGCCAGCGCGACUCGGGGCUCUGCCUCGUGUGCCCGCCGCACAGCGAGGGCGCACGCUGCGAUCAGUGCCAGGAAGGCUAUUGGUUUGGCUCAGAGGGCUGGCCGAGGUCGAGCGGUGGGUGCGUGGCCUGCGCGUGCGGCCCAGGGACGCUGGCCGACGCCUGCGACCAGCGCACGGGGACCUGCGCCUGCAAGGAGGGCUGGGCGGGGCCCAAGUGCGACCGGUGUUCCGAGGGACAUGGAGGCGUAGACGCCGGCUGCCCUUUAUGCCGCUGCGGCAUGGCUGCUGCGCGGCCAGGCUGCGAUGCGGAGACCGGCUCCUGCGCGUGCGCAGAGGGCGCAGCGCCGCCCAACUGCGAGCAGUGCCUCGACGAGUAUUACGGGCUGACUGAUACUGGCUGCUUGGGAUGUAACUGCUCGUCGUUGGGAGCGGAGGGUAAAGCGUGUGACAUCAGGACGGGGCAGUGCCGUUGUAAAGCACACGUCACUGGUCGGGCGUGUGACACCUGUGAGGAAGGUUACUGGGGCCUACAACUAGGCGGGUGUCGGCGCUGCGAAUGCGGCGCGGGCGCUGCCGCUUGUGAUCCGCACAGCGGCGCCUGCGCCUGCGCUCCAGGCGUUGGAGGCCCGCAUUGCGACGUCUGCCUACCCGGAUACUAUGGCUUCGGCAUUGCCGGGUGUCUACCGUGUUCUGAUUGUACGGACGGCAAAGUGUGUUCCCCGGACAGCGGACGCUGCGUAUGCCCAGUACGAACGCGCGGGCCUGGCUGUAAGCAGUGUGCACCAGGGUUCUGGUCUCGGGCCAGCGGAUGUCGACCGUGUGAGUGCGGUCCAGGAGCUCUCAGUAAUACGUGUGAUGCCCACACAGGCCAAUGCGAGUGUAAGACGGGUUGGACCGGGUUGUCGUGUGAUUCGUGCACAUUGGGCCACUUUGGGCCGCGCUGUCGGCCCUGCGAUUGCUCGCUCGCCGGCACGAGAGACUGUGUCAACGGAACGUGUUCUUGUGAUGAUGCGGGACGCUGUCUGUGCAAGGAAAACGUGGUCGGCGACAAAUGUGACGAAUGUCUAUUGGGUACAUUCGGCUUGUCGAUGGACAACCCGGCUGGUUGCACGGCGUGCUUCUGCUUCGGGCGUAGCGCGCAAUGUGCGCAAGCGCAGCUAACGAGGGCAGCCAUUCAUGCAGGAUCGCCAGUGCAUGUUACGCUGCUCUUGAGCGAUACUGUUACUACGAUGGACCAAAAUUCUCUGUUAUCCAUUCACACGCAUACACCGGACGUGACAAUCUCCGUGCCUUGGCCACCGGUGCCUGUCUACAUUGAGCUGGACAAGCGCUUCGUAGGAGACCGCGUCACGUCGUACGGGGGAGCGCUUCGGUUUCGUGUCGAAGAAGAGGGCGGGCAAGAGUUGCCGGCAGAGACCAGAGCGCGGUUCCCAUUAGUUCGAUUAUAUGCGGGAGAUAUUGUCUUGGAUUAUCAUGAGCGCAUACCGCCCAUAAAUGGCACGCACGCAGUUCGGCUACACGAGUCCUUGUGGCACGUGCGCACGCGCAGCCCCCUCGGAGCUAAGGCUUCGCGCGGCGCGCUCAUGCUGGCGCUGCAGCGGCUCGACCGAAUCCUAGUCAGAGUCACUACCAGGGCGCCCACUUACGACGAGCAUGUGCAUGCAUUACUCCUCAACGUAUCUCUGGACACAGCGAUUCCCGGCCUGAGUCGGUCCGAGCCAGCGCUCGGCGUGGAGCUCUGCGACUGCCCUCGUGGCUACGCAGCGGCCUCCUGCCAGGAGCCAGCCAUCGGCUUCUGGAUGCCGAGGCAGAAAGUCCACUUCACCAACGUUGCUGGCACAAUCGUUAUCAGCUUGGAGGGAGAAACACAACCGUGUAAAUGCAAUGGACGAGCCGUUGCUUGUGAUUCUAAGACUGGUGAUUGCUUGGUAAGAACUUUCUAA